AUGGAUAAAACUGCGCGACUGGAGUUGAAAAGCCUCAUCUCAGCAACUGGAUCGCGUGUAUCUGGAAAUGCUUCACUCCUCCAUUCUGCUGGUGUCGGGGAGUCCCUUCAACAUGCUUCGCCGUCCUGGAGCCGGAGAGUGGGCUUAGCUAUACUCCUUCUUCUCAUCCCUAUCGUAUAUUCAGUAAUCCUUGCCAUGAUGGCUUACCUGCACGGAAAGAAACAGAGCUCAUUCGGCGACACGGUACUAGAAGUCCUAAGCGUUGCUUCCACCUUAUGGCCAAUUCUGUUCGCUGCUGUCCUUGGACCAUUACUCAAAUCUAUUGCGCUCUUCCGUGCUGAAAGAGGAUCGAGGCUAGGCUCCCUAGAGUUCCUCUUGACCAGCCAGACCACGGCAUCUGCCCUGAAGAACAUCCUUACGAUGGGUUGGAUUGGUAGUUGGGCUAUUGGUGUCAUUGCUAUAUGGUCCCUAAGUCCUUUAGGAGGCCAAGCCGCACUGCGCUCACUGGGUCUCCAGCGAAAUCCCAUUUCCACAAAGACGCCAGCAACAUACUACCUGGGGAAUAACAGAAGCCUGGUUCACCUGUACUAUCGCACUGGAGCGGGUGUCUUCCAGGGAGGAGUUGACGAACGAUAUCUCCUAACUGACAUGAGAACCGUUCUCUCUGCCUCUUCUUUGACACAGGAUGAAAGUGAGAAGCAUCUCGCAAAGGACGUGUGGAUCUAUGGGGACACAUUCGGAUUCCUUUUCUGGAACUCUUGCCAGGAUACGACAGCGAUGACCCAAAUGCAUGCCUGGAUAUCUGUCCCCGAAGAUGAAGUCGUCCCUUACGCAUCUCUCAUUGGUCUUCCCAUCAGAGGUGGGUCAUUUGAAGGACCAGGAAACUCAACCAUGACAGUUCAUUUUCAUUACCAGACUCUGUCGUGCGGAGAAGCGUUCGACGGGAGUGAAUGGGUCAGAAACGGCUCCAAGGCAUUAUGGUUGCACGAACCUAGUUCCAGUAUCCCCUUCAGUCUAGAAUUCGGUGAUGCAGCAGAAUUCCCUUUUGAAUUUGGGAGAACGGGAUACCCCAAUAUUUGGUUCGACUUCCUUAAUAGUUCGGCAAUAGCGGAGCACUUCGCGUCAUCCGAACUGGAACCACAGUCAAAAAUGCAGCUUGUGAUGGGAGGCCAAUGCAGCUAUGCUACAGCCACUAAAGGUGUAAAGAGACCUACGCCCAUUUUAAGGAUUUGCGAUGUUAGCACCUCGUACAUCGACAUGGAAACACACACCAUCAUGCCCUGUCAAAGGGAACUUGACAGCCCUUUCAAGCAAAAGGUUAUCUCGGGUGUUCUGGCAGAGCUACCAUUCAUAGGCGCAAGCCAAAAUGCUCACGAACCCAGCAUCCUAGAGCUGUAUCUGAGGGAUCCCUGGGGGAUCUUCCAGCGUAGCGGAGGAGCAUACCAGUACAUGGAUGAUCCCUUUGGCACGCAGAAGCGAGACAUGGAUGAUCCCUAUGGCACGGAGAAGCUUGGAUGCUUCGCGCCAGUUCCACCAGAGGUGAUCGAGCGGAGACUGGCGACUGCCCUCAACACUAUUAUUAUGUCAACUUAUGAAGUAAAUGUGUUGACUGGUGGCAAGGGAGUGGCCUCUGCCAAUGCGACAGUGCCAUGGCAGAAUACUACAGCAACAUGGACGGAAUUCGACAAGGAUAUAUACAAGUUGCACAAGCCGUGGUUCGUCACGACUAGUAUGUCGACGGCAAUACUUCUCAUUUGCGCAAUUGCCAACAUAGUCAUCCGUCAACGCAUCAGAGCUCCGGACUUUCUGGAUAGCUUGGCUGGUUUGACGAGAGACUCUCCAUUUAUAGAUGUACCUCAAGAUGGAAGUGGAAAGAGUGGCUCAGAUCGCUUGGAAACAAUCAAGAAUGUCAAGGUUCGGAUUUCUGAUGUUAAUCCGGACGAGGAGGUUGGAAAGAUUGCGUUGACGACUGAACUCAAGGGCCCAAAGCUGAGAUGGGAGCGGAUCUAUGCUUAG